CGGUGCCGCCGGCGGGACUGGGAGCCGGACGCACCAUGAGCAACCUCCCCGCCGACCGGGAGGGCGGCCCCGCCGACCCCGGGCUGCCCGAGGAAGAGGUGAGGACACUCUUUGUCAGCGGCUUGCCUCUGGACAUCAAGCCCCGGGAACUUUACCUGCUCUUCAGGCCCUUUAAGGGCUACGAAGGGUCUCUCAUCAAACUCACCUCCAAACAGCCUGUGGGCUUCGUCAGCUUCGACAGCCGCUCCGAGGCGGAGGCGGCGAAGAACGCUCUGAACGGCAUCCGCUUCGACCCCGAGAUCCCCCAGACGCUGCGCCUGGAGUUCGCCAAGGCCAACACCAAGAUGGCCAAGAGCAAGCUGGUGGGCACCCCGAACCCCAGCACACCUCUGCCCACUGCUGUACCUCAGUUCAUCGCCCGGGAGCCCUAUGCGCUGGCUGCCCCCCUCCGAGGCUGGUUCUCAGGGCUGGAAGUCCCGUCAGUUCUGCUGAAUGCCGGGUCUCAGGUGUGUGAUGGUGGCCUACAGUCAGUCUUGUGGGUAUUAAUGGAGUCUUCCAAGGCGGCUACUGGGUUGGUGUGCUCUCUGCAAAACCACAGUGUGCUGGCUUGAUAACUAAAAACCCUCACACAAGUUUGGAUUCCUCCAAGACUUUCCCACAGCCUCUAUCACACAUCUGCUCUCCUAGAAGAAAAAAAAACAACAAAAAAACAACCAACAACAAAAAACCCCAAAACCCCCAACCCCCAACAAUGAAAAGCAUACCUAGUAAUAAUAUUUUCCUCUUUUACACUGUAUAUUUGUAAGAAAGAGUGUGUUACUUCUGAAAGCAUGGUUUGACAGGCAGCACCCCCCCCCCCCCCCCCUUGCCCCAAGCCUCUUUGAAAAGACUGUUUCAAACUGAACCACAGGAAAGCAGACUACAAAACAGGACAAAAAACCAAACCAACAGAACAAAAUGAGAGCGAGAAGUAUUUUUGUACCAAACCUCCUAAGCAGGACAAUCUUCCACUGGGUCCGGACCAUGCGUUCUGUGCUUGACUUUGGAAUGAGUGUAAUUAAGAGUCUCUAUCCACACUCCCCUCCCCCCUCCUCAAUCCCUCCUCCUCCUCCCCAGCCCCAUCAACUGCAUGUUGAAGGCUUUGAUGUUCACCUGCGUGGAGAUGUGGAGAUGCACGGUUCUGGGUGUUGUAGGAACCUGUGCUCCCUCCAGCACGGGACUUCUGCUGCGGCGAGACGCCUGUGGACACUGAACCAGUAUUAGCCUCUUCUUCCCCAGUUGUACCGAACCACAACCAGGCAGGACAAUCAGACACUUUCUUACGGUGGGGUUUAUUUUGGAACCUUAGGGCUAUGUUUCAUAGCUUGCUGUGCAAAGCUUCGGCGUGGUACAACGGCUCGGAUCAGGGAUGGGCAGAGACAGCCCCCACAUGUAGCAAGGUGACAGUUUGCCACCGCAGCCUCCUCCUCUUCCUCUUUAUCUUCCUGCUGUGACUGCUUCAAGUUGUUCCAGGCAACGCAAACUGCUGUACGAGAUACAACCAACCAACAAACCCUUGGUUCACCAGCUUACUCGAGGUAGGACACAAGUCCUGAGCGAGCCAAGGGGCUUAGGCAUGUGCCUACCGUUAUGCCAAAGCACUGGGCUGACCUGGGGGCUUAGUGUUGAGAUGAUGCCAGUCUGGCAGCUCCCUCUGUAGUGUUUGCAUGUUUCCAUGUGCAAAGAUACGAAGGGAGGCUGCUGACAGCCUUGGGGUAGGAUCUGUAACCUCUGCGGAGACAGCUUAACCUCUCGACAGACUCCUCCUCGUUCUAGGAGGGAUUUGGAAAGAAAAAAAAACCAAAGCAAGACCUCCGACAGAUUGCAGUUCCUUGCAAAAGGAGGUGCAAAACUUUUCUCCUUUCCACUGCCUUUCCCCUCACCCCAUCGCUGCUGCAGGGCAAAACCCAGCUCAGCUGCUGCAGGGCAGACCCAGCUCAGCUGCUGCAGGGCAAAACCCAGCUCAGCUGCUGCAGGGCAGACCCAGCUCAGCUGCUGCCCAGGCUUCUCUGCAGAAGCAGCAGCAAACAGGGUGCCCAUGGCCUCGUUAAACGUCAUCGCCUUUUCCUUCCUCCUCUUCUUCUGUGGGUGGGCUGAGCUUUCAGCUGCCGAAGCCGGGCCAGAGGAAAGGGGGAGGGUGGGGGAAGGGGAGAGAUGGUGCAAUGAGAAACUGACCAGUUGGGGUCUUGUGUUCAAAGCGGGAUUGAUAAAAGGCAACGUGAGAAGCGAUCAAUUCCAAGCCAAAGCUCUGGAGCGGCUCGGAAAGGAAAGCGCUGAGCAGCGUUUCCAAGCGACAGGACUGACCCUUUUAGCAAACUAUUUCCUGUACUUUGUGGAGAGGAGAGAAGCUUCCACAUUGUCUACUCCUUGGCUUUUGGAAAUCUGUUUAAAGGUACUUUUCUAUUGUAAUUUUUUUAAAAGAAAAGAAUAAACCCAGUGAUUAUUGUAAGUUA